AUGAGAAAGAGCCUCGACAUUGACACCCUUAAGGAAAGAAGAACAAGUCUGAGACUUACACUCAUGUACAAAGUGGUUGAGGGGUUGGUGCCAUCAUUGCCUCCUCACUCAUUCAUAACAAAGGCCAAACCCAAACACCAAAUUAAACCAGGACAUUUCAGGGACCACCAUACAACAAAUAUAGUCCAGAAACAUGACAAAAAGAGGGCAGAUGAGUGCAUAGAAAAACUUGCCAACAUUCAAGAAAAGAUUUUUACUGCAACCAGAAAUAAGAAGAGGAUAUCUGAGAUUUACGGAAAAUCCAAGGAAGUACAGAAGUAUUUAGAUCCAGCCUAUACUGAUGAAAUGACAAUGAGUGAUGAAGCUAAGGAAGAAGUUAUCAUAGCAGAGGAAGAAUUUUUGAGGGGCCAAGCCAAACAUUUGGAAAUGAUGGAAGAAUUAAAGUCAACGUUGGACAGUGAACACCUUAAAUCUACUCCAAAGUUUACAGAAAAGUUUGAGGCCUUGAGUCAUAUUCAGAUAAAACAGCAGGACCAAACUUCAGAGCUUACUGAAGAAGCAAGAAAGUUGCUGGCAACAUAUAACAAUAUUAUUACCUUGGUAUCCAGGCAGUUUGUCCAAUGGGAUGAAAUACUGACUAAUAUAGAGGCCAAGAAAACAAAGACCAAAAACUAAAAUAUCAUAGAAAAAUGGUGUUAGUGCAAUAUUUAAUAAAACUAUCUGUACAAUAUAAGAUUAUUAUAAAGUUAUUAUAAAAUUGAGAACCAGU